AUGGCGACAUUUCAUUUCUUUUUGCCUCAUCUACAAAUGCUUCAUGAUGAUAUUGCCAAAGAAACUAAUGGUCUUAACCAACAUUUACGGACUGGGGAAUCCCGAGCGAUCGCGAGGCACGUGCUUCGGAAGUACAAGCCGGAGCUGCUAGGGUCCGGCAGCCUGGAGCAGUCGGCAAUGGUGGACAUGUGGGUGGAGGUGGAGGCCCACCAGAUGCAACCACUGGCAGGCGCCAUCGCCGUCGAGUGCAUCGUCGCGCCCGUCCUACAUGGCCGCGAACGCAACCAGGCUGUCAUUGACGAGAACGUGGAGAAGGUGCUGGAGGUGUACGAGGCGCGCCUGGCGCAGAGCAGGUACCUCGCCGGCGAUGUGUUGACCCUCGCCGACCUCACCCACUUCACCGUCAUGCGCUACUUCAUGGCCACCGAGUAUGCCACGCUGGUCGAGGCGCUCCCACAUGUCAGCGCCUGGUGGAAGGGUCUCGCUGCCCGGCCGGCGGCGAAGAAGGUGGCGGAGUUCAUGCCGCUCGGCGCCGGGGCACCCAAGAAACAGGAGUGA